CGGAACGUAUAUAGUGUAGUGUACGUGUGUAUCUCUCUGCUGUACUACUAAAUACCUUGUCUGCCAACAAAUCAAGGCUUCCAUCCUCAUCCUACUCUUACUUCUGACUGGGAAACCAACGGCAACAACCAUGAGUACGCUAAUGGAAACCGCUGAUGAGACUGGUGCCGGUAUCACGUCGCCCCCUUCCCCAGGGCGCUCUGUCAACGUCGCCGACGCAGAGAGGGCGUAUCUCGGUGAGGGACGGGAUGAUGACACGGAUUCCCCCUCCAACCCCAAUCAACUCAGUGUGAAGAACUUCGACUAUGAGUUGGUAAGGAAUCGUGAAAGGCAUCACACCUCUGAAUAUGAGAUCAAGAACCUGUUUGUCAGGCGAGGGCAGGCCUUUGACCUUGAUGUGACCUUCAACAAGGUUCCCAAGACAGAGGUGUUCAUGCUGGAGUUGACUGUUCGUGGUGCUGUGGUUUCAUCCAUCAACCGCGGAACGGUGAUCCGCAUGCCCUUCCACCGCUCCCAAGCAGACACCCCAGGAGGGUGGGGUAUCCGAGUUGGAUCUACGGAGGGUGCUAAGUACUCCCUGGUAAUCAACUGCCCUUCUGAUGCUAUCGUUAGCCGCUACAACGUCGCUGUUGUCAUCAAGGAUACAGAAGAAGCAGAACCAAGGUACUUCAGACAGGAUGAUCCUAUCUACGUGCUUUUCAAUGCCUGGUGCCGCGAAGACAGCGUCCAUAUGGCUGGAGAUAUUGAAAAGGGCGAGUACGUGCUCAACGAUAAUGGAUAUGUCUUCAUUGGAUCUGCCAGGCCUGGUUCUCAAUACCCUCGCCCCUGGGUCUUUGGCCAAUUUGAAGAUUCUGCCACCGAGGUGGUGUUUGACCUCCUGGAAAAAUGGGUUCGUGUGAACGCAAGAAGUGACCCGGUAGUGGUUUCAAGAAAGUUCACUCAUCUCAUCAACUACAUGCCUGAGUAUGGUGUACCAGAGACCAAGGUGGGAUUACUGGUUGGGAACUGGAGCGGAGACUAUGAAGGAGGUGAAAGCCCAUCCAAGUGGACAGGCAGUACAAAGAUCUACGAGACGUUUGCUGAGUCCGGUGGCAAACCUGUCAAGUACGGUCAAUGCUGGGUAUUCAGUGGUGUCCUGUGCACUGCCAUGCGCUGUCUUGGCAUUCCCUGUCGAAGCGUUACUAACUUUGCCUCUGCUCAUGACACAGAUGUCAGCAUGACCAUUGAUACUGUCAUCGAUUCAGAGACAAAUGAAGAGAUCGAGUAUUUGAGCAACGAUUCUGUGUGGAACUUUCAUGUUUGGAAUGAGGUUUAUUAUAGCCGUUCUGACACCAUCCCUGGGAUGGGUGGCUGGCAGGUCGUUGAUGCUACUCCACAGGAAAGUAGCGAAGGUGUUUUCCAGUGCGGCCCUGCUCCUGUCACAGCUAUCAAGCAAGGCCUGACCUACAUCAACUACGACACCAAGUUCGCCUUCGCGGAGGUCAAUGCUGAUCGUAUCAACUGGGUUGCAACUAAGAAAGAUCGUGGCCCACCGGACAUGAAAACAGUGAGCAUCAACACUAAUGCCGUCGGUAAAUACAUCAGUACGAAGAAACUUCCGCUCGUUCCAGGAGGAUACAUCAGCCGAUGGAAUGCCAGGAAUGACAUCACUCUGGAGUACAAAUAUGCAGAAGGAUCUGUUGAGGAGCGCAACGCGGUUGAACGUGCCAUUUCUUAUGGCACCAGACCCAACACCUAUCGGGAGAAUGUGAAGACAGACGACAUUGAGAUGGCGAUUGUCUUGGAUGAGAAGAUCUCUGUCGGCAGUGAUUUUGAGCUCAAGGUAGCAGUCAAUAACAAGAGCUCUGUGUCUCGUGUCAUCUCCCUGACUAUGAAUGCUCAUAUGUGCUACUACACAGGUGUGUUGGCUAAGAAGAUCACAAGCCUACGUAAGGAAUUAACAGUCCCCGCUGGCAAGUCUGAACAUGUUAUUGAGAUGAUUAGGGCUGAGAUCUACUCAAGCUGUCUGGUCGAUCAGGCCUGCAUCAAGUUCUACGUCUACGGCAAAGUCAAGGAAACCUCCCAACAAACCGUGAGUCAGGACACUGUGUACCUCACCCCACCGGAGAUGAAGACUGAGUUCAAGGUCGUAGGUCACGAGGUCGAAGCUGUGGUUGAGUUUGUGAAUCCCUUGCCUAUCACGCUCACUAACUGUACAAUCACCUUCGAGGGUGCUCGUCUCCUUCGCUCUAUGACACUCUACGCCAAUGAUGUUCCUUCAAAGGGCAACUUCAAACAGAAGGUCAAGUUCUCACCCCGAGAGAAGGGAAAGAGAACUCUCGUCAUAGACUUUGACUCCAAACAAAUUGGCAACAUCACUGAUGUCGUCGAAAUAGAGAUCCCAUAAGAUACUAGACCUGGGACCUUCCCUUGCUGGGUAGAAACAGAUACUCCAUAAUGGAAUGAAUAGCAACUACCUGGGUGCACCGGAACAAAAGUUUGAACAGAUCUUUGACAGGUUUGAUAUUUCCCAGGAAUGAUGCAAACCUUCCAUGUAUUUUAUUCAUUGUGUAUAGAAAUACAGAUCCAUGGUCUACAUUAUUUCUUUGGGAAAAACAUAAUGUCUUCAGAACUUUACUUAUUUUUGUUCCUAUUCCCCAUGCAAUUCCCUUCAUUCUGUUUUGACAGUAUUUGUAAAAGUAUGGUUAAGACAUGUAGUAGAUUUUGAGUGACUUUGUUGACAUUUAAUAUUUUAUUCGCUUCUUUCAAGACGAUGUAGUUCGAGUAAGUAGGCUUACACAUUGUGUUCUUCUUAGCUGUUAUACAUACAGGUACUUUACUGAUAGAGUAAGAAAAGGAUUAUUCAAGUGUAGAGAAAAUAGAAUGUAGUAAUUUAGGGCUAUAAGCCUUUGUCAAGUAAUAUGAAUUAGUGAUAGUUAUGUGGUUAAAGCUGGUAUUGUUUGAUAUACCAUCUGUAAAGGGAUGGAAGAUGAACAAGAAAUAUGUUAAAAUCAUGAAUAUUGUGAGCUUCUAGUACUUGUUCCUUUGUGGUCAUAUGAUGGCACCUUCAAAAUGAACACAAUUUUAAGAAUGUCAAUUCUAAGAUUGAUUGAUUGACAGCUGAAAUAGGCCAACUAUUUAAUAUUAGAUUUAUCUCUCUUACUUCACAAAUGUGGUCACAAGAACUAUGGCUUAACAUGUCAGGGAAAAUACUUAAUAGUUUGCCUCAAUAACUCCUUUGCCUUGCCUUGGAAUGUUAUGGGAAUAUGGUCUUUAUUUGUUGCUAAAUCAUUCAAGUGUAGAACAAAAAAGAAACAUACAAACAAACAACAACAAAUGAAAGAAGGAAAAUACAGAAGAAAAAUUGCACAUUGGAAGCUUUUUCCAUGUUCAUUUGAAAUUAUGUCAUUUGAUGAUACAUUUUCGUUCACCUAUUUUUCUAUAAUAUUCUAAUAGUUUGUACUCUGAGGUUGAUUUUCUUACCAUACAAUUUUUGCAUAAAACAACAUAGCUGUAGAUUUCAUCAUGUCUUUAACUACCUGUAUAAUUAUGUUGGUAGUGAGCUGUUUGUGUAUCUAUGUAAUGUACCAGUACUUCAGAAACUAUUCAGUGUGUGAAUAUCUUUUGUACUGUAGUGACAAUUCUACUGAGGUAUUGUUGUCAAAGUGCCUUCUUUUUUACUAUUUCAUGGCCGUAUACCCGAAACUAUUAUCUUUCAUGAUCGUAAAAGUAAAAUGAUUUUCUUAAGCUACUGAAAUUAGGAUAAAUUUCUGCACAAAGCUGGUUGCAUACUCGCACAGUUUAGAGUUUUCUUAUUUUCUGAAUUAAUCAGUUUUCCCUCCUCAAUUUGGCAACAAUUAAUCUUAGUCUCCACUCUUUCAUAGUGAGAAGGGAAUUUUGUUUUUUUCAAUGAGCCAAUAUGAAAGUAAAUUGCAAAAUGAAACCUUCAAAAUUGACAAUUUAUACACAAAAUAGUGAUUUUAUAUUUUACACUGCAUUGGCAAUUUAGAGACUUGAUUUAUUAUUACACUUAAAUCACUCUCAUAAUGGCACAAUAUACAUCAUUGGAAAUAGAUUCAAAAUUGUCUGUGAUUUUUGGUCUUUCUUGCUCUUGUACAAAGUGCAAUUGCUAGCAUUCUGGAUCUGUAGAUAAUGCACAGACAUCACGUAGGAGACUGUAGUGCUAUGGGUUGAGAGAGGACUAUGAUAUCAAUACCAAUAAUAAGUGUCUUCUAGCUGCACUCACAGCAUUCUAUGAAAAUAAAUAAUUUUUUUCACUACAGCUUUAAAAGCAAACAUAGUUUUCAAAGUAAGGCCACAGACUGUUAAACAGGAUGCUUUUUUGAUAUUCUAAUUGUGAAACAUGUAUUUUUCUAUUUGUUUUUUUGCGAUGAUGUGAUCAUGUAGUAGAAAUAGCGUUAGGUUUAGGAUUAAGACUUCUUAGGCUACUUUUUGCCAGUAGCUGGAUGAUUGAAUCAUCAGAAAGAACACUUCUGUAAUUCUAUAUACUACCUCAAUCAAUAACCCAGUCAGUUGUUUGUUAGGAUUUUUCACACUCUUCAAUGAGAUGCCUCUGCAAAUUUUCACCCACAUAAACUAUUUUUCUAUGUAUUUAUUGAUUUAUUUGUUUAUUACUUUGCUUAAUCAGUUAUCAAUUCAUUACAUUAUGUGCAUGGGCACUCUAGUUUGAUUUCUUUGUUAGUUCCUUUAUUAGUUACCUUACAGUACUUUUUGGAAACAGUUUAUUUCAUACAGGGUAUAGUGACAUUCUUCUUCUAACUUGUACAGUUAACACUGAAGUGUUAACUGUACAAGUUAGAAGAAGAAGGUAAUGGGAAUGGAAGCAAUGCUGUAAUUUUUGGUUCAUCUUUAAUACCAGGGACAGUGGUUAGAGAUUACCUAUUAAGCAACUUGCACAAUAAAUUCAUCAGAUGAUGGGCAACUCGUUA